UUGUCGUUAUCGUUAUCACAUGUAUCAGUCGGUGAAUUCACUGCAGAAUUGAUAACAUGCCAUGUUAAAGUACGCCCUGUUCUGUGCUCGAUUGCUUUUGCCUAUUCAAAUAUGGCGCUGUAAAAGCCAAGGUUUGUUUUUCAUGGGCGCAAAGUAUGUUAAAGUGCAUUAACCGAACGGCCCAGUUUACGAGAUAUAUCCAGUCAGCAGGCAACGAUUUCUGCCUUAACCAAGAUUUUAGGCUGGUGUCAUCCUUGCCACUCAGAAUGACUGACCAGGCUGUGAAGAGGGUGGUUAGUGACAUAAUUCGCUCUCCCGAGGACAAACGGGUUUACAGGGGUUUGGAGUUUACCAAUGGCCUGAAGGCCAUGCUCAUCAGUGACCCAACAACAGACAAAUCUUCAGCUGCGUUGGAUGUUCAAAUAGGUUCAUUAUCGGACCCAGGGAACAUAUCGGGCCUGGCACACUUCUGUGAGCACAUGCUGUUCCUGGGAACAAAGAAGUACCCCAAGGAGAAUGAGUACAGCCAAUUCCUCAGCGAGCAUGCAGGCAGCUCCAACGCCUUUACCAGUGGAGAGCAUACCAACUAUUACUUUGACGUGUCCCAUGAGCACUUGGAAGGAGCACUAGAUAGGUUUGCCCAAUUCUUCCUGUGCCCACUGUUUGAUGAGAGCUGUAAGGACCGGGAGGUGAAUGCUGUGGACUCUGAGCAUGAGAAGAACCUGAUGAAUGACGCCUGGAGGCUGUUCCAGUUAGAGAAGGCCACUGGCAACCCUGACCACCCCUUCAGUAAAUUUGGAACAGGUAACAAAUUGACCCUUGAGACCCGGCCGUCUCAAGGUGGGAUUGACAUCCGUCAGGAGCUCCUGAAGUUUCAUUCUACAUAUUACUCCUCCAACCUCAUGGGACUGUGUGUGUUAGGGAGAGAAUCAUUAGAUGAGUUGACCUCCAUGGUGGUUAAGCUAUUUGGAGAAGUGGAGAACAAGAACGUACCUAUCCCAGAAUUCCCUGAGCACCCCUUCCAGGAAGAACACCUCAAACAAUUCUACAAAGUGGUGCCUAUUAAAGACAUCAGGAACCUGUAUGUGACUUUCCCCAUCCCGGACCUACAGAAGUACUACAAAUCUAACCCAGGACAUUAUCUGGGACAUCUGAUUGGUCAUGAAGGACCUGGAAGUUUGUUAUCUGAGCUCAAAUCUAAAGGCUGGGUGAACACACUUGUGGGAGGGCAGAAAGAAGGAGCCAGAGGAUUCAUGUUCUUUAUCAUCAAUGUGGACUUGACUGAGGAGGGCCUCUUGCACGUUGAGGACAUCAUCUUCCACAUGUUCCAGUACAUCCAGAAACUGCGUACUGAGGGACCACAGGAGUGGGUGUUUGAGGAGUGCAAGGAUUUAAACAAAGUGGCCUUCAGGUUCAAGGACAAGGAGCGACCCCGUGGCUACACUUCCAAAGUGGCUGGUCUUGUACACUACUACCCUCUUGAAGAGAUUCUCGCAGCAGAGUACCUGUUGGAGGACUUCAGGCCCGAUCUGAUCGAGAUGGUGCUGGAUAAGCUGAGACCAGAGCAUGUUAGAGUUGCAGUGGUGUCAAGGUCAUUUGAGGGGCAAACCAACAAGACAGAAGAGUGGUAUGGCACGCAGUACAAACAGGAGGCCAUCUCUGAAGAGUCUCUCGAGAAAUGGGCAAGUGCAGACCUCAACGGCAAGUUCAAAUUGCCGAUGAGAAACGAGUUCAUCCCUACCAACUUUGAGAUCUACCCUCUUGAGAAAGACUCUCCAUCAGUCCCCGCUUUAAUCAAGGACACGGCUAUGAGCAAGGUGUGGUUCAAGCAGGAUGACAAGUUCUUCCUGCCCAAGGCGUGCCUGAACUUUGAGUUCUUCAGCCCGUUUGCGUAUGUGGACCCAUUGCAUUGUAACAUGGCGUAUUUAUACCUGGAGCUCCUCAAGGACUCCCUCAACGAGUAUGCAUAUGCAGCCGAGCUAGCUGGCUUGAACUAUGACCUCCAAAAUACCGUCUAUGGGAUGUAUCUGUCUGUUAAAGGUUACAGUGACAAACAACACAUCCUGCUGAAGAAGAUCAUUGAGAAGAUGGCCACCUUUGAGGUAGAUGAGAAGCGCUUUGACAUCAUCAAAGAAGCGUACAUGAGGUCUUUGAAUAACUUCAGAGCCGAGCAGCCUCACCAGCACGCCAUGUACUACCUCCGUCUACUAAUGACCGAGGUUGCUUGGACCAAAGACGAGCUCAAAGAGGCUUUGGACGAUGUAACUCUCCCACGCCUCAAGGCCUUCAUACCUCAGCUAUUGUCACGGCUACAUAUUGAAGCCCUUCUCCAUGGCAACAUCACCAAGGAGUCUGCUCUUGGCAUGAUGCAAAUGGUGGAGGACACACUCAUUGAGCAUGCUCACACAAAGCCCCUCCUCCCGAGCCAACUGAUUCGCUACAGAGAGGUGCAGGUUCCAGACGGUGGCUGGUAUGUUUACCAGCAGAGGAACGAGGUGCACAACAAUUGCGGCAUUGAGAUCUACUAUCAGACAGACAUGCAGACCACCCACGACAACAUGCUGCUGGAGCUGUUCUGUCAGAUCAUCUCUGAGCCCUGCUUCAACACACUGAGAACCAAAGAACAGCUGGGCUACAUUGUGUUCAGUGGGCCCCGGCGAGCUAACGGAGUGCAAGGCCUGCGCUUCAUCAUCCAGUCGGAGAAGGCGCCCCACUACCUGGAGAGCCGCGUGGAGGCUUUCCUCUGCACCAUGGAGAAGGCUGUGGAGGAGAUGAGCGAGGAAGCCUUCCAGAAACACAUCCAGGCCCUGGCCAUCCGCCGUCUGGACAAGCCUAAGAAGCUGUCUGCCGAGUGUGCCAAGUACUGGGGAGAGAUCAUCUCUCAGCAGUAUCAUUUUGAUAGAGAUAACACUGAAGUGUCCUAUCUGAAGACUUUAAGUAAAGAGAACAUAAUGCACUUCUACAGAGACCGGCUGACCGUCGAAGCCCCGAAGAGACACAAGGUGUCCGUGCACGUCCUGUCCAGAGAGAUGGACUCCUGUCCGAUAGUGGGAGAGUUCCCUGCUCAGAAUGAUGUCAACCUGGCCCCUGCUCCUUCCCUGCCACAGCCCACGCUUGUUCAGGACAUGACGGAGUUCAAGAGGAGCCUGCCUUUGUUCCCCCUGGUCAAGCCUCACAUCAACUUCAUGGCUGCCAAACUGUGAGCGAGGAGGCCGGGCAGCUCGACACGCAGCAGCACGGAGGCGCCGGGGAGGGCGACGGGCCAGGGAACCCGCUCUGUUUCCCACCUACAUCCCCCCCCCCUCCCCUCCUCUCCUCCCGUCAGGAAGACUUCCAUCUGACUGAGCGUGUGUGUGUGUGUGUGUGUGUGUGCGCGUGUGUGUUUGUUUGUGCGGUUGCAUGUGAAUGCGUGUGCGUGCGUGCGUGUGCAUGUGUGGCAGGCUGGAGCCACUAGAAGAGAUGCUUGGAAACAAAUGCGUGUAUUUUGAAUCACAAAGUUAGCCGUGGUUGUCGACGUAGCUGUGAUAAGGAUAGAGUUCACACACCAGACUCACGUCAUGUUAUAAGUCUCUUAAAGGAGAAAGGAACACUCACACACAUCACAGUACUGUGUAAGCUGUUGUAGAGGAAAUACAAACGACCUAAAAAAAAAGACGAGGGCCAGUCCCCUUUUUAGGUUCAGGUAUACUGCAGAAGCUUCACAGUAGGAGGCGUUUUUAUUUCAAUUAUUCAGACAUGCUGCUUUGAGGAUGGAUAGCUGUUUUUGGGAUGAACUGGGGCCUGUAGAAGUUAAAGACCGUAGCUCCAUGAAGGUCUUAUCUUUUUUUUUUUUUGGACUGGUAUGUUUGCCAUGUAACUCUCUGAAGCACCACAACUCUCCUGAAAACGUUUAACGGAACAGAAGACGCUUCCGUUUUAUUGAAAUUGAUACAGUUUUGAAGAAUAUUUGCUUUAGAAUUAUGGUUUUAAUCCUCACAGGUUUUGAAAUGUUGCUUGUAAAAUGUUGGGACCCUUUUUAAGGAGCUGUUUGAAAUUGCUAAUCACAGAGAGCCAAGCCCAUGAAUUUUUUUUUUUUUUUUUAUUAUUUUUUUUAUUGCAUUUUACAGUAGUACGUAAUUCAGACACCUCAGGGGUACCUCUAUGCUGUUUUUUAACAUCAGUUUUACUAGCGAUUGAUUACAAAUAAAAACAUUUUAUCAGUUUGUCAUUAGUACAUCAGUAUUUUCUUCACAUUACUAAAUGUGAUCAAAUCCUUAUUGGUCUUCCCCAUGUUCUUUUUCUAAGCUCCACAGAGAUUGUCAUUAUUCUUACACUCUGUGUCUGCAUGUGAGACUUUCUGCAGCUUGUGCCUUUCCAGGGGAGGUGGGGGCAUCAGAUAGUUUGUACAGUAUCUGGCUGCACUGAGCUGCUCCUGGUCUGACCCGGGGAACAAUCCUGGAGGAUUGAACCCCCACUGAAUUGCUAGACUGUGCUCUAGCUCUUACAGCAGAGUGGUUAAAAAAAAUUCUAAAUAGAAACAUUUCAUGUUGGUGUCUAAAGGGGGUUAAAGAAAAUCUCCAGUCUAGAUUUAUUUUUUUUUUCUGAAUAUGCACUUCUCUCACUAAGCAAUAAACUUUAAUGACGUGGACAGGGAACGGUGUGAGGCAGCGAGGAGAUGUCUCUGCACUGCUGAGUAGCUCCAGCAGCUGGACCCACACUGAGGCCAGGCUCCAUCCUUCUGAGUGGCUGCUGAUGCGUGGAUAGUGAUGUCAGGGCCUUGCAAGCAUGACCUGCUCUCUCAGGUGCUAACCAGCUUUGCUGUGUCAACCACUCAUUUUAAAGAGCCGUAGUUAUGAUUUAAUCAUUCCCCUCCUUUCCCACCGUUCCUGUUCUCAGGCCUAGUUCAUUGGUCGCUCAUAUGAUGCUGCACAGUUUUAAAAAAGACAUUUGUAAGGGAGCACCUGUAUGAUUGUGCUGCAUCAAAAGCUUCUUCAAUGUUUUCCAGCAUUUUGCUACGUCUCAACCUGAUCAAAACCAUUUCAAACGAUUAACUGCUAAGUAGAGUUAAAGGCACUAUUGCCUUUUGUGGUCAGAAACCCAAAGACAACCAGCAGCAGCAGCAUACUUGAGGCAUACUUUUAAGUCCCGCAGCCAAUAGACAGCACCUGGGGAUGGUGACAAAGCUGUUUUCAUUCAGUCUUCAGAGGAAACUGGCAACAUUACAUAUCAGGCUUGGGUGAGCCAUGCACUGUUGAUUGGUUUACAUUUAAAAAAUCCAAAGCCUAUUUUAAUUUCUGAAUGUCUUUGGCAACACAAGAGACUGAUUGGCUGGUGAUACGAGAGUGCUGACUUUUUGAGUUUGUUCUUUUUAUUGUCUCCUGUGUGUUUCUAAUUAAUAAACUACUGAAUGGAA